AACAAAGAAAGCAGAAGAGAGUGACUAGAGAGAUCAUAAUCAGCAUGGAAGAGGAAGCAUUGGAAGAGUUGAAGCAGCUUGAAGCUCAAUAUCCAAAUCAGUUUGAACAUCUCAAGAAUGAACUCAGGUCCUUCAUAACUCAACUCCAAUCUAAUCACCACACACACACAGAUUCUCCUCAGCCAGAAAUCAACAAUAUUCACUAUGAUACACAAGAAUCUACAACAUUGGAGCAAAUGAAGAAGAUUAAAAGCUAUGGUUUAGGACUUGCUUUAGCAGAUAAAGUGACGAUAAUGGAGGAGAAGAUUGAUGAAGGGUGUGAACUAGUAGAAUCACCAAGGACUGUUAUUGUGAAGCAUCACCAUCACUCUAGCAGGAACAACCACAGCAACAAUAAGAGGAAAUUAGAUAGGGUCGAUUUGGUUCUUGAAAGGGCACAAGCUUGUUUAAAGAAACUAAGGCAUUUGAAGACUUCACUUUUAUCUCCUUAGCCUCAUUUAGUUGUAAGUUAAAUGUCACUAAAUAUGCUAGUUAUAGUAGUAAUAGCAGUAUAUAUCUAUGUUACUAACUUACUGCAUCAUGUUUUGGUUAAUUACAAGGUAACUAGUCACUGCUAUUGUGUCAUGUGGUAGUUUUUUUGGUAUUGGUAGAUUAAUUACUGGCUAUAUUUUGGGUCUGACAACAUAGUAGCUAAAGUUUGCUCUGCAAUGGUUUCCAUGGAACUUUAGAAUGUCAGCACAAUUUAGCUUAGAAAAAUGAUACUGUGUAUAUUAU